UCUCUCUCGCUCUCUCGCUCUCUCUCUCUGGGUGCCUGUCUGAGAAAUAGAGCAAAGCAGCAAACCUGUUUAUCUGCCUGAAACCAGGAAACCAAUCAAACGUUGCAAGGGGGGAGAGGAUAGAGAGAGACGGAGAAGAAACAGCAGCGUUUGAGGCCAUGACAGAGAAGGUGUUUCCACUGCUUUUUCACUCGUUCUCAUAGUUGCAGUGUGACAGAGCUUGAGGAGGGUGAAGGGACAAGGAGUGGACCGUCUCAUCUUUGAAUGCUGCCUCUGCACACGUCCAUCGCUGCCUACUGUGAUUUUGUUGGGUUAUCAUGCUACGGAUGAAGGACGGCUGCUGUUUGAGGACGCUAAGAUGUGAGCUUCUCAGAUGAAGCAGACAACUGACAGAAAUCAUUACAUCAGCGACAUGACGGCAGCAGCAGGUUCAAGCUCCCAGCUCCCAACAAGCGAGGACCGACAGCUGGUGGACAAGGCCCUCAAGAAACUGGACAAGCUCAACGAGCUGUGCACGAACCCCCGCCUGGGCCUGAGGAAAAGUCCGCCGUACCUGCCCGACCUGGUAUCUGAGACGACAGCGCUGCUCACGCAGGUUUGGGAGCCCUACAAAGGCUCCAAGGCCACAGGCGGACAGACGCCCCGGGGAGACGAGGCCAUCUACCUGAGGGUCCAUGUCAGAAACCUGCUGGAUAAGACAGACAGGGCCGUGCUGCUGUUCAAAGAAGGACGGGAAAAGAUAUUUGAGGAGACAUCGAGUCACAGGAGAGACUUGACCAAACUGUCUCUGCUGUUCAGUCACAUGCUGUGGGAGAUGAGGGCCAUGUUUCCAGAUGGAUCUUUUCAGGGUGACACCUACAAGUUAACCAAGCCAGAGGCCGAGAGCUUUUGGUGGCACUCGUGUGGCAACAAGUGUGUGGUUCCGUGGAACAUCUUUAAAGAGCAGCUGCGGAGUGUGCAUAUGUUUGAGGAAGGGAUGGAGUCCAUGGCGCUCAAAUCAACCAUCGAUCUCACCUGUAAUGACCACAUCUCUGUGUUUGAGUUCGACAUCUUCACCAGACUCUUUCAGCCCUGGAAGUCACUUUUAAGGAACUGGAACCAAUUAGCAGUGACUCAUCCAGGCUACAUGGCUUUCCUCACCUACGACCAGGUUGUAGCUCGUCUGGAGCACUACCUGCACAGGCCCGGAAGCUAUAUCUUCAGACUAAGCUGCACAAGAAUGGGCCAGUGGGCUAUUGGUCAUGUGACCACUGAGGGCAGCAUUGUCCAGACCAUCCCAGAGAACACACCUCUCUACCUGGCUCUCAUCGAAGGCUUCAAUGAGAGCUGCUACCUGUAUCCUGAUGGCCGUGAUGUGAACCCCGACCUGACCGCCUUGUGUGAACCUUGCCAGAGGAGCAAAGUCAUAGUCACAGAAGAGCAGUACGAGCUUUACUGCGACAUCGGCAGCACCUUCCAGUUGUGUAAGAUCUGUGCAGAGAAGGAUAAGGACACUCGUAUUCAGCCCUGUGGGCAUCUCCUGUGCCAACCCUGCCUCACAGGCUGGCAGCAGAAGUCAGUGGGCAACACGUGUCCAUACUGUCGCUGCGUCAUCAGAGGGACAGAGUCCAUUCUCGUCGAGCCCUACUUGGGAGGCAGGGGUCAUGUCCAGGAGGAGGAGGAGGAGGAAGAGGAGGAGGACCAUGAGGAUAUUGAACUUGUGGUAAAAGAAAUGGCUGCCUUGAGGAAGCAACAGUUCUCAAGUUUGGAUUACCAGGUGCCCAGCUCCCUCCUCUGGGCUCCACCUCUGCCCCCUAAAAACAGCAAGACCCCCCUCCACUCCUCCCAUCCCACCAACCAGCCCCAUACACCAGAAGCCAACAUGCUGACCAAACACCCCCACUCCGGUCCAGCUCACGGUGUCAGUGAGGCGCGGAGGAGACGCAAACAACAAGCAAACAGGACUCAGAGGGAGGAGCCAAACAGCAGUGAGGACGAUGACUCUGGCGGCCUGAGGUUGCCUAUGCCACACCCACUCUCCCACAGCGUUGAGCUACUUACAGAAGGGAAGAUGUCUUCUUCAUCCCAACUUGUCCACAGUGAUGCCGCAUGGCUCGGCCCCUCCCAUCCAGUCAAAGAGAGACAAAGACGUAAAGGGAGGGAGGAGAGGAGAAUCAGUCCCAGAAAGGAUAAAUUAAGUCUGGGUGAGGUGACGAGAACAAUGUCAUCCUGACAAAGACUCUGUAAAUGAAGAAAUGAACGAAUCCUCCUUCAGCCUCAGUUGGAAUAGUUUUUUGUGUCCUGUUUAUCUGUAAAUGAGUGUGUGUGUGUGUGUGUGUGUGUGUGUGAGUGCGGCAUGUGUGUGUCUGUGUGUAUCACUGACAAAAACCUUGUCCAUUGAGGCCUCCUGCUGUUUAAUAAUGUCACUGCCAUUAUCUCCACAGUAGGUUCAGCACCGAUUCAUAAAUAUAGUCACACAAUCCUCUCGUUUUCAUAAUUAAAGUAUUUUCAAUCCAAUAAUAAAAACUAAUGAAAGGCUUGAUAUUGGAAAAUGUAAUUAUCUGAACAAAAAAAAGGGAGCAAUUAAGAGUCAAAUCGUGAAACAUUAGAAAUAUGCUACCUCAUCUUUUAAACUUUAAAGCUAUGGUGUUCUUAUUAUUUAUGAAAGUAACUAAAGGUCGAAAUCAAUCUUCAAAAUGUUUAUGGUACUAAAACCAAACAAAUAAACCUGUAACUGACACAUA